AUGGACAUGUCUACUGCCACCACCACCUCUUCCAGUAUGGCCAUGUCAUCCACCUCCUCAUCAGACAGCAUGAGCAUGUCUGACAUGGCUUUCAACACCAACAAUCUUUCUGCAAUUCUCUUCUCUCAGUCAUGGAUGCCAACCACCACCGCAGGAUAUGUCGGCACAUGGUUCUUUCUCUUCUUCCUGACCGUGAUAUGGCGGGGUUCCGCAGCUAUGCUAUCCAAGCUUGAAGUAUUCUGGGCGGCGAAAAACGCCAGGUACUCGAUUCUGAUCAAUGGUGGCCAAGAUCAACCUACACAGUCGGAUCUCGUGCAGGCAUGGCGGCUGUCAGUCAAUCUACCUCGCGCAGCACUACGGAUGGUUCAUCAAGGAAUUGCAUAUUUAUUGAUGAUUGCGGUCAUGACAAUGAAUGUCGGCUUUUUCUUCGCGGUACUCGUCGGUUACUUCUUUGGGGAACUUGUAUUUGGCCGCGUCUCACGAUCGGAUUAA